AUGCGUCCAGGGCCCAAAGCGACGCAAGCGCGCCCGCGCCAGGAUGCGUCCAUUUGGGGCACUAGCGUAGCGGUCUGCUGUUGCAGCAGCAGCAUUGUUUUUGUUUUCUGGCUGGACCUGGACGGGAUCUUCUCGAUCCCCCUUUGCAAACACCUGUUGCGUCCAAUUCCCGAGUGCACCUGCCGCCUGUCCUGCGGCUGCGGCAUUCUGCGGUGCACCCCUUGCACGCUUUCUUAAGCUCUGAGAGACGUUUUUAUAGUGCGGCUGCCGUCUUUCGAUCGUAAGAAAGUGUACACUAUUUUCGGACUGAAUCCUUGUUCCUUUUCCAUGUUGGUUAGACAUGAGUCUUGUAAGGUGUAUUGAGUUAUCUCCUCCAUCUAAGCAGAUGAAGAAGAUGAAAAUGAAGUUGACUUCAAUUCCAAAAGAAAUUUUGGUUGACUUGCAGUACAACCUGAUUGAUGUGAAACUUCUUCAGCGGAAUGUUUUGGACAAAUCCGAUUUCAUUCUGCUCAAUAGUUACUCUACCAAUCAGGAGAAGGUAGAAAUACUGAUGGAACUAAUGCGCAACAAGACUGAAGAAGACCAUGACAAUUUCCUUGAAAUCAUGGAGGAAGAUUACAAGUGGCUCAGAGAUAAAUGUGAUCUUUUCUUCACUAAAUUAAGAAUGGACAAUCUUUCUAAAAAGCCGCAAGAAAUUCUACCAUCUUCUGAUCCAGUAGUUGAAUCAGAGGAUACUACAACUGAAGAAAAUGAUCGAUCAUCAUCACCCCCUGCAAUGAAAAACCCAAGCAGUCCUGACAGUACUGCUGUACUGACAAGAUGUAUUAAAAAAGAAACAGAUUUUGAAAAAAAAAUCAAUGAUGCUUCCUCCAAAAACCUUCAUACUGGCUCUGUAUCUAAGAAGAAUGAUAAAGCAUCAAAGAUAAAUGAGCAAACUUUUAACCAAACAAUUACUCCAGAGAUGAUGACGAUUGUUCGUCGCAACCACCGUGUUGUUCGGAAAUGGUCCACACUUGCUCAUAUUCUGGGUAUGACAAAAAUUGUACAUACAUUACGCAUGCGCAUGGUAAUGAGUGGAGAAGAUGCAGAUGCCUGUGUUUUGUAUCUGUUGGAGGAAUGGAAAGGUGGGCAACCCAAAGAGGCCACUCUGGGCAGACUUAUUUCUGCACUCCGAGAAGAGGAGUUCAAUGAUGUUGCAGACGAGCUGGAAGAAAAAUUUGCCUUAAUUGAUGAUUCUGAGCAGUAAUUUUUUUCUUUGUACAAGACUCAUUGUGAUUUUUACUCAUAUUUUUAUGUAAUUGUAAAAGACAUGUUUUUUAGUCUUCUAACUUUAUAUCUACAUUUUAAAAGACUUCUUACCACUUAAGUUUAUUGUGCACAUAUCUGGUACACAGAGGUAUCAACUACCAUUUCAAUCCUGUAACUUCAUGGUUUUGAAACGUCCGUAUAAUUUUUUUGCUGUGAUUUCUGUUUGUAUGUUUCAGUAACAGCAAAGUAUCUUGUCUUUAGGAUGUGUGCCACAGUUCUUGCCUAUGGUUAGAUAAUUUCUCCAUCCAGUUUUAAGCCGGUGUUUUGCACACAGUGCGCCUGUGUCUACUGUAAUCAUUGAGGCCUGCUCAAACUACAUUAUUGUAAGAUAGUAUUUAUAAAAGUUUAUUUUAAAUCAAUGUGCAUUUUAAUGAACAACUUAGUACAAAAUUUGGUUGUACUAAAUAAUCUUGAAUGAGAUUGUUGUAAUAGCAGAAUAAACACAAGAAGGGCUUUUAUGAGACAAGAGAGUAGAUUUUGUGUGAAAAUUGUUGUAGAUUUGCUGUGAUAAAUUGCUGACCCUGAAACUACUUAUGGCAGACACCCUAGUCAUCUCUGUAUCUUUUUUUCUUCAAAAUUUACAAGGAUGAGUUUGGUAUCUGUCUCUGUCAUGUUGAACAUUACGUAUUACCACUUUUAUACUCAGGAUUUCUUUUCAGUAUUAUUGGAGUUGUUAAAAUUGUAUUUUGAAUCCAUGUUUGAUGAGGGAAAGGAAACAUUUUUUAAAUAUUUUAGAAUGUCAACAAUGUUUUCACUUAUGCAACAAUUCCACAUUAUUAAUUAAGAGAUUUUAUUCAGUACUCUGCUGUUGUCGAUAAUCUGUUCUUUUCUCAGCUUGUUCACGUUAAGUACUGAGAUCUGGUUAUUGCUGAUCUGUUUGAACGAAAUGAGCUCUUAUCAAAACUUGACUUUUUGCUUUGUGUCCUCAUUUAAUAGUAUUAAAGCUCUCUGAUUAUUAUCUGAUUUGUUUUUAAAUCAAUAAAUCACUUUUUGUUUCAAGUUAAAA